AACGGUUCAACCUCUUCUCCCUCUCCGCCUUUUUUGCCUUUCCGGUCGGGCCCUUGCGGUUGUCCCCAGCAGUCGACAUCACCGCUCUCUCACCUCUCUACCAACCUCCUCCCACAAGGUUUGUUUCUCUUUUCUCUUUUCUUUUUCUUUUCUUCUUCUUCUUCUCCUCCUUCCUGGAGACACACUCUCUAUUUCUCUCCUUCUCUUCUACUUGCAGGUUCUGGCUUUGUUCUGGCUUUGUUGCUCCUACCUGCAUUACCAGCCUCACCGUGCCAGGUAUCCUCAAGCUGAGCACUGGCUGAGCCUCCUCCAUUUUCUCUCUUUGUCUGCCUCGCCUGCUCGUUGGCUUCUAAACCCUCACAAAUCCCCAUUUGUCCUUUUGCCUUGCAUCCAUCCUCCUUCCAGCUGACCGACAAUCUCUCCCAACAGCCCUUUCUCAAUUAAGACCUGACCACAGCGACUCGCUGUGUCUACCGUUCGAUCAAGAUGACGACCAUGGAUCUGCGUGUCGGUAACAAAUACCGCAUUGGCCGUAAAAUUGGAAGUGGUUCUUUCGGCGAUAUCUAUCUCGGCACCAACAUCAUCUCUGGAGAGGAAAUUGCUAUCAAGCUGGAAAGUGUCAAGGCUAAGCACCCCCAACUGGAAUAUGAAGCCCGUGUCUACAAGUCCCUCGCCGGUGGUGUUGGAAUUCCAUUCGUUCGCUGGUUCGGUACCGAAUGUGACUACAACGCCAUGGUCAUCGACCUUCUCGGACCUAGUCUCGAGGAUCUCUUCAACUUCUGCAACCGCAAGUUCUCCCUGAAGACAGUUCUGCUCCUUGCCGACCAACUCAUCUCCCGUAUCGAAUACAUUCACGCCAAGUCCUUCAUCCACCGUGAUAUCAAACCUGACAACUUCCUCAUGGGUAUUGGAAAGCGUGGAAACCAGGUGAACGUGAUCGAUUUUGGUCUCGCCAAGAAAUACCGUGACCCCAAGACGCACUUCCACAUUCCAUACCGUGAGAACAAGAAUCUUACUGGAACUGCCCGUUACGCCAGUAUCAACACUCAUCUGGGUGUCGAACAGUCCCGUCGGGAUGAUAUGGAAUCUCUGGGCUACGUGAUGCUCUACUUCUGCCGUGGUACUCUUCCCUGGCAGGGCCUGAAGGCUGCUACCAAGAAGCAAAAGUACGACCGUAUCAUGGAGAAGAAGAUGACUACCCCCACUGAGGUUCUUUGCCGUGGGUUCCCCAACGAGUUUUCCAUCUACCUGAACUACACUCGUUCUCUGCGUUUCGACGACAAGCCAGACUACUCGUAUCUGCGCAAGAUUUUCCGCGACCUGUUUGUUCGCGAAUCCUUCCAGUACGACUAUGUCUUUGACUGGACUGUCUACAAGUACCAGAAGAACGCAGCUAUGAUCGUGGACGCUAGCAAGAAGGACAAGGAGGCAGCGGAGGAACAACAGCGCCGUCAGGCUGUUGCCGGUGGUCCUAUGGCCACCCCCGGAGCUGCCGCCAAGCCUGGUGCUAUUUCUAGCCAGCGUCGCAAGAUCAUGGAACGUGGAGCCCUCGACAACACCCCGGACACCAACCGUGCUGUGGGAGGGAGUGACAGGAUUCUUCGGCGUUAGGCUGCGUUCU